UGUAUUUAAAGGUUGUUUAGCUUGAUUUCUUCGCAUUGUUCAGUUUAACUUCAUCCUCGUCGCUCGCGUCUUGUUCGUGUUUACAUCGCGGGGCCGGUUUCAACGAGCGGAACAGUUCGGUGUCAUCCGGAUGUUUUCCAGAGCGACAGCGGUCAAGUAGCCCGGAGGAGGGAUGAGUGACUUUGGACCGGCCGAGCUGGUCGCCGGCCUCUGUCACACGGACGAGCGGAAUCCUUUCUCUCUGUGGCAGGACGGACACGUCAGCCCCUGUUUCAACCAGCUCGUCCUCGGAGCGCUGCCUCACGCCGGGACGGCAGUUUUCUGUGCCUGUUACCUCGGCGUGGCGAGGAGCAGCCUCCUCCUCCAGGCGCCUCCUCCCUGCGGUUGGACGCUCAGGCUUGUGGCAGCUCUGCUGGCGGCGCUGCUCUUCGCGGCGGACGUGGCCCUGGUGGGCGUCGUCCAGCAGGGCGACAUGUACCUGGACCUCCUAACUGACGGCUGUGCCGUCCUGGCCUGGCUGGUCCACUUCAGCGCCAUAACCGUGCUCCAGAAAACCUCCUUCAGAAGAACCAGAGGACCCCCCCUGCUGCCGCUGCUGGUUCUCCUGUCGGUCCCCAACCUCGUCGUCACCCUGACGAUUUACUGUAAAACCGACGGGUAUUUGAACGCGACUGAACCUCUGAAACUGGCUCGGUUCGUCCUCGCCUCGGCGCGGACGCUCCCUCCUCUGGUUUACCUCUUGGCAUUUGCGUUUCCCUGCAUCAGCGACUCCGGAUACACCUUGUACAUCAACGCCGUGGACGGAUCGCCGCUCGUCCCAGAGAGCAGGCUCCGGCCCGACACGGGCGAGAUGGUGGCCGAGGACAGGAGCGGCUGUGGCUCUCGACUCUUCUACCUGUGGCUGACUCCUCUCCUCAGACGAGGGCAGCGAGGGGAGCUGGACAGACCGGCCGACGUCUAUCACCUUCCCCGGAAACUCCGGACCAGUGUGGUCUGUCGAUACUUCCAUCAAUGCUGGGAGGCGUGCAGACGAGGGGCCGCGGUCGGCGACGGGCGGGAUCAGUGGCCCCGGCCGGUCGGCGGCAGGAACCUCCUGAACGGCAGCUGGAGUUCACACUACCUGGAGGAGCCUCUGGAGCUGGAGGGGGACGUGGGCCUGCUGCGGGUGCUGCACAAGGCGUUCGGGCUGCGGUAUUACUUGCUCGGCGUGCUGAAGGUGGUGGUCAACAUGCUGAGCUUCACGGGUCCACUGCUCCUCAGCGGUCUGGUGACCUUCAUGGAGGAGGACGGGGCCCCGGUGAGCAGAGGCGCUUGGUGCGCGCUGGGCCUCUUCGCCACCACCCUGCUUUCGUCCGUCCUGCGCAACUUCUUCGUCUUUGAGGUGUCCAAGGUGGCGCUGUCGGCGCGCGCCGCCCUCGUGUCAGCCGUGUAUGGCAAAGCGCUGCGGGUCAGCGGCAGCGGCCUGGCCAGCUUCACUCUGGGCGAGGUGGUGAACCUGAUGAGCACGGACGUCGACCGCGUGGUCAACUUCUUCAAUAGCUUCCACGAGCUGUGGAGCCUGCCCUUCAGCUUCGCCGUCGCCCUCUACCUGCUGUACCUGCAGGUGGGCGUGGCCUUCCUGGGGGGCCUCGGCGUGGCGCUGCUGCUGGUGCCGCUCAACAAGCUCCUCGCCUCGCGCAUCAUCAGCAACAACAGAGACAUGCUCCGGUACAAGGACAGUCGCGUCAAGCUCAUGACCGAGAUCCUCUUUGGCAUUCGCGUCAUCAAGUUCUACAACUGGGAGUCGCACUUCGCGCAGAAAGUGGCCGACUGUCGCCAGCAGGAGCUGUCCCACCUCAGGGCCAUCAAGUACCUGGACGCCAUGUGCGUGUACACGUGGGCCGCGCUGCCGGUCGUCAUCUCCAUCCUCACCUUUGUGACCUUCGUGAUUCUCGGUCACCAGCUGACUGCAGCCAAGGUUUUCACCACGCUGGCUCUGGUGGGAAUGUUGAUCAUCCCGCUCAACUCCUUCCCCUGGGUCCUGAACGGCAUCCUGGAGUCCAAAGUGUCUCUGGAGCGGAUCCAGCGCUUCUUCAGUCUGACCAACCAGAACCUGCAGGCGCACUACGCCCUGGUUUCUCCCGAAGACGACCGGACGUCGGUGCUGCUGAGUCAGGGGACGUUUUCCUGGCAGAGGCCCGACGGUCCGGACCAGAACCAGCAGGGGGCGGGCGGAGGGAGUCUGCUGCUGCACGGCCUCGACCUGCACAUCGCCAAGGGCUCCCUGGUGGUCGUGGUCGGCGAGGUCGGCUGUGGCAAGAGUUCCCUCCUGGCUGCGGUCGCAGGAGAACUCCACAGGCUGAGCGGCGUGGUGUACGUGGCGGACCGAGAGGUCGGCUUCGGCCUGGCGUCCCAGGAGCCGUGGAUCCAGCACGCAUCGGUACGAGACAACAUCCUGUUCGGCAAGGACUACGACCCCGACCUCUACCAGGCCGUGGUGCAGGCCUGCGCCCUCGCCGACGACCUCAACGUUUUGCCAAACGGCGACAAGACAGAAGUGGGGGAGAACGGCGUGACGCUGAGCGGAGGACAGAAGGCUCGGCUGGCGCUCGCCAGAGCUGCGUACAUGGUCCGUCCUCCGACGCUUCGAUGUCAAGUUUCAUAUCGAGACGACAAAGACGUCUACCUGCUCGACGAUCCGUUGGCAGCGGUCGACGCCGACGUGGCCGAACACCUCAUGCAGAAAUGCGUCCUGGGUCUCCUCAGGGGAAAGACCAGAAUCCUUUGCACGCACCGUAUCGAGUUCGUGGACCGAGCGGACACGGUGGUGCUCAUGGAGAACGGAACCAUCGUCAAAACGGGGCCUCCAGCUGAAAUCCUUCCUUUGGUCGAGGCGGCGCCGAAACAACGGAAGAACGAUCACAAUGUGAAAGAGAAAAGAGGCGCAGCGGAGCCGGACGACGACGACGAGCCCGGUCCACCAGCAGAUCUGUGGUCGGGUGGUGAUGAUGGUGAUGAUCCUGAGCGCUCGGGGGAAGAGCAGAAGCUGGCGGGCGGCCUGGCGUGGAGAGUUUACCAGACCUACUGGGCCGCCAUGGGCGGAGCGCUGGCCUCCUCCGUCCUGAUGUCUCUGCUCCUCAUGCAAGCCUCGAAGAACGUCUCUGACUGGUGGUUGUCCCACUGGAUCUCGCAGCUGAAGAACAACGGUUCUGCAGCGACGGGAGAACUCGUCUCCUCUCACCUGCUGCUCUUCUCACCUGGAGGACUCACGUGUCUGCCGCCGCCGCCGUUGCAAACGAUCCCGUCGAGCAACGUGAGCGCCGACGUCAGGUUCUACCUGACGGUGUACACCUCCAUCGCUGCGGCCAACACCGUCUUCACCGCCCUCCGGGCCUUCCUCUUCGCCUACGGCGCCAUCUGCGCCGCCACGGCCGUCCACAACAGACUCCUGGAUCGGGUCCUGAAGGCCACGGUGACCUUCUUCGACACCACUCCCCUGGGACGCGUGCUGAACCGCUUCUCCUCGGACCUGUACAGCGUGGACGACAGCCUGCCGUUCAUCCUGAACAUCCUGCUCGCCAACGCCUUCGGCCUGCUGGGCAUGCUGGUGGUGAUGAGCUACGGCCUCCCCUGGGUCCUGGUGCCCCUGCUGCCGCUGGCGCUGCUCUACCACCACACGCAGCGCUUCUACCGACACACCUCGCGCGAGCUGAAGCGCCUGUGCAGCCUCACGCUGUCGCCCGUCUACUCGCACUUCUCCGAGACGCUGACGGGGCUCGCGACCAUCCGGGCCAGCGGCAGCACCGCCAGGUUUGAGGAGGAAAGCGCCAAACGCCUGGAGCAGAACCAGCGCUGCCUGUUCCUCAGCAACGCCGCCAUGCAGUGGCUGGACAUCCGCCUGCAGCUGAUCGGAGUAGCCGUGGUGACGGGCAUCGCGGUGAUCGCCGUCGUCCAGCACCAGUUUCACUCCGUCGAUCCAGGUCUGGUGGGUCUGUCGCUGUCCUACGCUCUGUCCAUCACGUCCCUGCUGUCCGGCCUCAUAUUCAGCUUCGCUCAGACCGAGAUGCAGCUGGUGAGCGUGGAGCGCACCGAGGAAUACUCCAGCGGGCUGCCCACCGAGCCACAGCACCAGAACGCUCAGUUGCCCUCGGCGUGGCCCGAGAAGGGCCAGGUGGAGUUCCGCGGCGCGGUGCUGUCGUACAGGGACGGGCUUCCCAACGCCCUGGACGGGGUGAGCCUGUCGGUGCGACCCGGCGAGAAGGUGGGCGUCGUGGGACGCACGGGCUCCGGCAAGUCCACGCUGUUCCUGGCCCUGUUCCGCAUGGUGGAGCUGAACCGGGGUCAGAUCCUCCUGGACGGGCUGGACCUCAGCGCUGUGGGCCUGGGGCAGCUCAGGUCCAGGUUGGCCAUUAUUCCUCAGGACCCCUUCCUGUUCAGCGGGACCAUCCGGGAGAACCUGGACCCGUGCGGGCGACAGCCGGACGAGCAGCUGCUGGACGUCCUGGACCAGUGCCACCUCAGCCCUGUGGUGGAGAGGAUGGGCGGUCUGGACGCCGCGGUCGGAGAAAGGGGGAAAUGCUUCUCUGUGGGACAGCGGCAGCUUCUGUGUCUGGCCCGAGCUCUGCUGACCCAGGCCAAGGUCCUGUGCAUCGACGAGGCCACAGCCAGCGUGGACCAGAGGACGGACAAACUGCUGCAGCAAACCAUCCGGGAGAAGUUUCAGGACAAGACCGUCCUCACCAUCGCCCACAGGAUCAACACCAUCAUGGACUGCGACAGGGUGCUGGUGAUGCAUGCUGGGAAGGUGGUGGAGUUCGACACGCCGCUCGCUCUCUGCCAAAGUGACCAGUCCGUCUUCCGCAGGCUGGUGGCUGCGAGAGGAGAGUGAGACGACUGAACGUCUGACGUCUGAAGAUAUAUUUUUAUACUUUACCUUUGGAAAAGUCUGCCCUGAGAACCUGCUUCAACUUUUGUAUCACGUACUGUAAAAACAUUGUUGGGAAAAGAAGUUCUCCGUCUUGGAAAGAUUGAUAUUUAUCUGACAGUACUGACAUUUAUUUCCUUUUUAAAUCCUUCAUUUUUGAUGCGAAAGCAGCAUCGCUGUCACAAGUUGUUCCUGCUGAAACAUUGAUAACAUAGUUAAAAUAUUCUUCUGUUUUAAUUUAUCACUAGGGUUUACAUACUGACAGACGUAACCUUCUUUCUUGGCGUCAGAUGAUAAUCUUCGUCCGUCCACCUGGGGCAGUAUACUGGGUUGAGGGCACACUCACCUGACCCAACACUACCUCAGCUCUGAGACCAGCCUCUGAAUAUUGUUAUAAGCACAAGCAGUAACUCUGGGAGAAAAAGUAACGACAUACUGCACGUUUUGGUGUUCCUCAGGGAUGCUGUCUCGAGCCCCUUCUUUUCAUUUACACAUGUUUCUCGUGUGAUAUCUUCAGAGAACAUUAAUUAUGUUAAUUUCUGUAGCUACGCUUAUGAUGCACUGUUCUACUUUUAUGUUGGUAUAGAUUAAGCAAUGAAGUUACCCUGUCUAUUUUUGUGUAUAGGCAGUCAAGCAUCAAACCUUUUAAUUUAUUUUUCAUUCAGGAGAGAAAAAUAUUUUAAGUCAUAGAUUUCACAGAAACAAUGAUCCAACACAAUUGUACAUCAUAGAUUUUUUUAAUUUUUUUUUUAUUUUUUAUGAACCUGCACAUUCUCUGCUGCUAGUUUGUUAUAUCUUCACACCUGCUCUUACAAAAGGAACCUUGACUUUCUUUGGGAUCACUAAUUCUCAUCUGGAAUUUCUUUUAACGUUGCAUGUUUUAAUCACAUGUUUCAUUUUCCAGGUUUAAACUGUUCACUUUAAGACUGUAAUUAUUUUUGCCUUAUUACAUUUAAAAAAAAAACUAUGUUGGGAGCUGCAUGCACAAUGAUUAUUUUUUAUAAAUAUUAUUAUUAUGAUUAUUAUUUUGUAAGAUCAAAAGCUCAGAUGUUAUUGAUGGCUCCUGGGAUUUCAAUUUUUUAAUCUUGAAGUUAUCGUUGUCAAAACUACAAUACAAACUUUUCUAACUCAUUUUCUGUGACGAGGUAACUCAAGGUCGGGUUUAUUUUAUAAACUGGAACAUGAAUCAGGCGUCAGUCAUGAAGAUCACGAAGAGGAUUAAGUCGAACUGAAGGCGGAGACUGAAACCUUCAGCCUGUCUGGUCGGCCACUUUUUGUCUUUUUUUCGAUUCUGCAUCUGUUACAAAAAAACUUGACACAUUUCUUGUCAGUGUCAAAUCACACAGUGGUCAUCAGAUACAUACAGUGUGUUAUACUGAUGUUUUAUACAGACUGUGAACCACAGCUGCAGCUAACAAUUAUUUUUCAUUUUGAAUCAAUUUGUUAAUUAUUUUAUUGAUUAAUCGUUCAGUUUAUAAAGCAUUUUUUUUGUGAAAAUGCCCGUCACAUCAUUAAAUGUAUUUUUUGUCAAAAACAAAAAUAUAAUUUGUAUUAAUUUUACAACAUAACAAGAAAAGUUGCAAAUUUUUGCUGUUUUUUUUUUUUUUUGCUUGAAAAAGUUCUCAAACAAUCAAAACAGAUCAUCAAAACAAUCGAUGUUCCCUCAGUUGACCAAGUACUUGUUGCAGCUCUAACGCAAACUUCACAUAUUGAAUAUUCUUGAAUACUGACAAUGGUUGUGAACAACACAGCGGUCGAACACACUCUUUGUGCAAUGUGACAAUAGUUUAUGUGAUUGAUUUGACAUGUUUAAUAAUUUAUGAAGGAUUUUCUUGUUUAGUUUUCUUGUUUUUGUUAAGUAGUUUAUAACUAGACUGCUUGUCAGUGAUGAAGCUGCGAUGAUAAUAAAAACAGUGUCGCUGGUUAUUAAUA